CAUGGGGAUGCAACUGAAGUACAAUAAUUUUCUGAGGUUUUUUUUUAGAAAUGCGCCAUCUAGUGACGGAUGCCCCGUAACUUGGGUAUUUGUACUUCGUUUUAGUCACUAGAUGUCACUGCACCUUAGACCGAUAUUUCAUCGAUUUAAUAACAAAUCUAAAAAAAGUUUUGUGAUUAGAAAUAUUAACAAAUAUUGUAAUUAAAUAAUUUUAUGAUUUAUUUUUAAUUCUUUUUUAUCUAUGAGGACGUCUUAGUUAAUCACAAUAAUCACACUACUUGAAACCACUUGAAACACUGACGAUUGACAUUGACAGUCGACCAUACUUUUAAAUUAAACCGUUUUCCGUUUUCUAACGUGUUGGUUUAUUCUGAGUGUUAUUUUCUGGUUUUUUUAUUACGAUUGUUGCGUGUUCCUGGACUCUGAUACUGACUGCUUCUGUGAUUGACCUGGCUUCGUAUUUUGGACCUGUGAUCUACUGCAUUUUCAUUGACCCGGCUUUGUAUUUUGGAACCUCGAUCGACUGCUUUUACAUUGACCCGGCACCGUAUUUAGGACUAGAAAAUGCGUCCAGUGGAUCGUCUUAGGGCGGAAUGCCAUCAACGUCAAGAUAUAAGUGCUACUUUGAUUGUGACAAUGACGGCCCAUUGCACCGAUUUCCUAAACCUGAAUACCCACAUUUGGAAAAGUUUAACUCGUGGAAAAAAGUACUAGAUAAAGCUUUACAAGAGAAAGGCGACAUCUACAUUUAUAACCAAAUUCGAUUUUGCGACAGACAUUUUGAAGAGUGUUACCGUUCAGCCAGUCACCGACUUACUCCAAAUGCAAUACCAACUCUAGAUUUAUCUACAUUACCAGUUGGUCAAACUCUUGAAGGUCCAUCGGGACAUGUCGAGGCAGACAUGUCGAAUUUAUUAAACAUUUCGCAAGAUAAACUUGCUGUCAUUGAGCCAUCCAGCUCUACCCACUAUCAUAGUGAUGUACAGAAUGCAUUACAGACAGCUGAACGCCCUAAAGGUUCUAGGAAAAGAGGGACUUGUCAAUAUUUAAAACGAGUCGUCACCUCCAAAGAGAAGGAGAUAAUAAAGUUAAAACAGAAAGUAUUGAAGCUGAAAAAGAAAUAUAAGGAACAAAAUAACAAGAAACUCUCUGCAAGGAAAAUUUCCACAUCAAAAUCAUUUUUGAAAGAGUUAAAUAAAAUGCCUGCAACAAUAAAAAUAUUUACUUCCCUCCAAAUGAAAUGGAAAAAGAAACCACGAGGCAGGCGAUUUACAUUUAACGAAAAAAUCAUGGCAUUGACCAUUUACAAACAGAGUCAGAAAGCUUACAACCUCAUGCGAAAAAUGUUUGUCUUGCCAUCAAAGCGCAGCCUACAAAAAUGUUGAGUAAAUUUGAACUGAAACCAGGCUUCAAUCCUGAUAUAUUUAAAAAUUUAAAAGCUACAGUAGCAAAAUUGCCGGCAGAAAAAAAGUUGGUCAAUUUACUGUUUGAUGAGGUAUCAUUGGCUCCGGGUGUUUUUUACAACCCUGCCCUAAAACAGAUAACUGGUUUUGAAGAUUUUGGGCACAGACAAACAAAAAAACUCGCAGAUCAUGCCUUGGUCUUUAUGAUCAAGGGUAUAAAAAGCAAAGUGAAACAACCUUUAUGCUUUUCAUUUUGCCAAGGUGCCACGAAAAAGGACGAUUUAAAGAAGCUGAUCAAAACAAUAAUAAAAGAAAUCUCCAAUACUGGAUUGAUAGUUAUUGCCACUAUAUGUGACCAAUCAGCCACAAAUAUUUCUGUGAUAAAAAGUCUUCAAGAAGACACAAAACGCAAAUA